AGGGACGGGGAAAAUGAGGAAAAACGUGAUUAGAUGGUAGAUGAUAAAAUAAAUAGGACAUAGGAGUGUCGGUGAGGCACCGAAGAGAAAGAGGGUGAAAAAGUUUUGUCAACCGGUGCGGACAUUUCUACAAACUUUUAGUUCGACGGCCUCGAAUUUGUAUAUAAAAAUAUAUACAUAAAUAUACAUAUAUAUAUCACAUGUAUAUAUAUAUAUAAGAUGUGAGAAGAUUUUAUGGCAUACUUAAAACAUUUUAAAGUGGUUAAAGCUAACUAAAUUCUCUCGGAAAUUAUACAUUAGCAUCUUUUUAAUUCACACUUGUUAAUGCAACUUGUCUAAAUAGUUCUACAUUCUACAUAAACAUACACACAUGCUUGUGUGUGUUUAUCAAGCACGAAUGCCUAGCAACCUUUUGUGGAACCCUAGGGUUCGAAGAAAUCUUGACUGGAAAAUACUGAUUUAGCCCCUGGUCAGCCUUGGCUCAUUAGACCUAUUGAUCAAAGAUGGAUCCAAACUUUGACAGACUAUGUCAUUGGCUCAAACAAAUGGAACUGGAGCAGUAUGCACCACUAUUCAAGAAAAGUGGAAUAAUAAACCUUGAUCAGUGUGCACACCUUAAUAGUGAGAAAUUGGAUAAACUUGGUGUUAAUCUUUCUGGUCAUCGUAAACGAAUCCUUGCUAAUCUUCCCAAUACAAAUGACUACUGCUUGGCUGCAAACUUAUAUCCUGAAAGUCCUGAAUCAGUGCAUCCUCCUUUACUUCCUCCAAAAAUCAAACCUGUACACCGUAAAGAUGCAGAUGCACUCUUUGGUGUAUCUACACCAACUAGUAAUUCUGAUUGCAGUUCAUUGUUUGAGAAACCAGUCCCUAGACCACGAACAACUGUUAAGAAAACAAGUGAGGAGGAAAUCCUUCGUCCUAUUCCCAAACCACGGGCUAGAACUACUACUCCUGUUCAUGAGCUUGAAUCUAAAACAAUUGGUGCAAUUCCACCCAGUAUAACAACUAGUAUAAUUCCACCGGUUGUUUCUACAACAGAAAGUCUUAAUAUAUCAAUGAGAGAUAAAGCAAAUGGAUCACAAGGAUCUGAACAUCAAGCUCUUAGGAGCCGUUCAACCCUGCUAGCAUUUGACCCUCUUUUUACAGGAGAAAUCAAUAACAAUGACAGCAGUGAUGCAAAAAAACCUAAAAACUGGACUGACACUAAUAAAAACCCACCUGUCAGUGAUUCAGGUUCUAGUGCAAGGAGUAAAUCAGAGGUAUAUGAGGAUCUUUGGCGUUUAAAAAGUAAAACACCAGUUAAAUCUUUCCAAUCUUUCCAAAAGAAUGCCAUUUCUGAAGAUGAAAAUAAUUGUGAUAAUCACCUCAGUUCUGAUGAAGAUUUUGAUAUGAAACCCCCUCCCUAUCCUCCUCCUCAAUUGCCUUUGAAUCAAGCUCCUCCAAUACCACCAAGAAUUAAUGAGAAACCUAAAUCUAUUGAAGAUGAUGACAUUAUUGAUGCAUUCCCGAAUAAUGAUCCAUUUGUGGAUUUCAGUUCAGAAUGUGAUCUCUUCAAUAAAAAGCCUUGUCUGACAAUUAGUGAUGAAUUCGGUCCCUUUGGACAUUUUCGGGAUACAUUUUGUCCCAACACCAGGCCAUAUCUUUACCCUUCAUUGUCUGGUUUAGGCGCUAUGAGUCAAGCAGAUGAUGAUGAUUCCACUAGUGAUGAAGAAUCAAGUGUCAAUGUUAGUUUGACAACGUCAACAGAACGUAUCGCUCCAGGAGGAGCCAAAAUCACAUCUGGUGUCAGUUCGCCACGUUCAUCAGAAAGAAGUGGUUACCUCUACAAACAAGGAGGAGUGCAGGGUAACAAAGGUUGGCGAAAACGGUGGGUGAUAUUCAAUGGCAGUGAUUUGCGAUAUUAUGUCAAUCCCAAGACACAAAUAUCAAAACGAAUAAUUCCUGUGUCUUGUAUGCAAGACGUACAACAAGAUAUCAAGGAAACACAAUACAAGUUCAUUUUGAAAACCAAAUAUCGCAAUUUCUUGUUUUAUGCUGACACUCUGGAUGAUAACAUAUUGUGGUGCAGUACGUUGAUUGAAGCAAUACAUAAAUACAGGCCUCCUGCAAAUGGAUUUGCCGCUGGUGGAAGUAUGUCUUAUCCUGACAAAAAAGGAAUUAUCAAGUUUGAAACUGAAAGGGCAAAAGUCUUUGUAGCACUGAAAGGCAGUAUUCUAUGUUAUUACCACAAUCAAAGGGAUUAUGAAAUUGCUUCUCCAAUUCAUGAGAUUGACAUGAAAUUGGCAGCAGUGAAAGAACUUGCUCGAAAUAAACUUCAAUUAUGCACGCAUUACUGCAACAUAAACAUGGUAUUUGAUAACCCUCAGGAAACGAAAGAAUGGAAAUUGGUGUUGACUAAUGCAAUUGACUCUGCACUAGUAGAUUUACAGAUUGCAAGGAAAAUCUGGGAGAACAAUAGCAACAAACAUUGUGCUGACUGUGGAAUGGAAGAACCAACUUGGGCUGCUAUAGACCUAGGCAUGGUGUUUUGUUUGAAAUGUUCAGGAAUUCAUCGAGAUUUUAAUAUAGUGAAGUCAAUGACUUUGGAUGUUAAAGUAUGGACUACAUCACUAAUAGAAUUACUUCUUAGAAUUGGCAACGAGAAUGCAAAUAACUUUUGGGAAUUUAAUAAAAAUCCAGACUUUGUCAUUGACUGGGACACGAAUGAAGCAGAACGUAAGCUGUUUAUUGAAAACAAGUACAAGAACAAAGCUUUUGUCAACUAUUAUCAUUGUUAUAAAAACCAUGAAGAGCUAAAUGAGGCCCUCCUAAAAGCUGCACAGGACGAUGAUAUACUGAAGACAAUGAGAAUUCUGUAUUCAGGAGCAGAUAUAAAUUAUUAUUCACCUAACAACCCUAACAUGACAGCUUACCAACUUGCUAAAUCUUCUGGACAGAGACUACAAAUAGAAUUUCUUCUUCAGAACCAGUGUGAAAGAAAGAUGAGUUCACAACAGGAAUCAGGCGAUGAGUUAGCAUUGUCUUCCAAACGCAACGGGGUCAACUAUGAAGGAUAUUUGCUCAAAACUGGUGUCAAUAUGAAAGAAAAACGUGCAUCUGUAUUGAUCAAAUCCCGUGACUUUCUUCGGAGGUGGUGUCUGCUAGAACAUGGUCGACUUAGUUAUUACGCUGACAAAAAGAAUACUGCUGCACGUGGUAGCAUUGAAAACACCCAGAUGCUGGUUAUACAGGCAACACAUACAGAAAAAUAUAAACAUUCCUUUGAGCUUAGCACAACACAAAACAACAACAGAAUUUACCAGUUUGCUACGGAUGAAUUAGAAGAACAGACGAAAUGGAUGCAGGCAAUAGCGAAGGUUUUCAGUCCAAACGAAGGUUUCUCAAAAAUAUCAGAAUCCAUGUUUGACCUUGCUGGCAUCUUUUAUAUCAAAUGGCAUGGAAUUGAAUGGACCAAAAGCUGGAUCAUGGUGUCAGGAAAAGAUUUAACAUAUCUAACAAAUGAAAAGACAUGGGAACAUCUAGACUUAAGGAAAACUAUUAAAAUGACCAAAAUUAACACACCUGAUGAAAGGUGCAUUGGUGCAAUACAAAAUAAUGGGCACUGCUUUGUAGCUGUGUUUCCUAAAAUAGCUCUUUAUUUACAAGCUGACUUACAGCAUGAUACUGAACGAUUAGCAACAUUGAUGCAAAAAGCAACAGUUACAUGUCAACGGUUCUUUAAUGACCAACAACUGACUGCUGAUGAUGUCCCAGUCGUUGUAGAUAAAUGUAUCAAGUUCAUUAUGACAAAUGGAUUACAUGAAAGUGGUAUCUAUCGUCAAAGUGGUGUUAAGUCUCAAAUCGCAAAGUUAUUAGAGAUAUUCCAUACUGAUGCUCAAAAAGUACAACUGGUGGUCGACACCUACAAUCUUCCUACUGUUACUGGUGUUCUUAAGAGGUUCUUCAGGGAAAUGGCUGACUCACUUCUAACCAAAACUCUUUAUGAGAAAUGGAUUAAGACAGCAGAAACUGAUGAUACUCAAGCCAAACUGAAUUGGUACAAAUACUUAAUCAAAGAACUGCCACUUGUCAACCAAAACACAUUAAAGAAACUGGUUACUCAUCUUUGGAGUGUUGCUGAGAAUGAGCAUUCAAAUAAAAUGGGUAUUGACCAAUUAGCAAUUGUGUUUGGUCCAACCCUGAUGUCAGGUGGAUCCAGCCAAAACAAUUAUUCCAAUACAAAUUCUGAGAUUACUGUUAUUCGUGAACUCAUCAAGUACCAUGAACGCUUGUUUGAAUUGCCAGUCAAAAAUAAAGAGAUUGAGAAAAAAAUACAGGAAGCUUGUGAGAAGAUGGAAAAUCUGAAGAAGGUUUCUGUGGUAUCUGAUUCUUUGCUGCUUCAUUUGUAUGUGGGUGUCUACGAUUCCCAACCAAUAGCAACCACUGUUUCCUGGACUAUGAAUGGUGGAGAUAUUUUAGAAAGAGUCCAACCUAAAAUUUGUUUGAAGGGCGUUGACUGGAUUCUUUAUGAAACUGUCUGCAAUGGAACACUGGAGCGACCAAUACAUUCUACAGAAAAUAUAGAAGAUGUUCUCAGCCAGUAUAAAUUCUGGGAUGAAACUGAUGCUCGAGAGACUCGUUUGCUGGUCAAACAGUCUCAUCUGUGUGUCAACUUCAAAGAAUAUUUUGAUCCCAGCAAAACUCUUAUGGCUGAGCUUGAAUUUUGUGAAAAGAAAGUGUCUCGCAAAUAUUGGUUUGAAUUUUCCCAAGCUAAAUUGUCUUAUUAUAAAGAUACAAAGGGUUCACCAAUAGCCACAUGGCGAAUAGAAGAUUUGAAUAUUUACAUGGGAAUUGAGCAAAACAGAGAUCCAAAACUACGCCCUGGUUUUACUUUUGUUGUGAAGAAUGAGAAACAGAAAAGGUCAAAAGAUACACCCUAUUUUGGCAAAGCUUUAUACUUCCCUACAGUACAUGAUAUGUAUGUUUGGUAUGCUGGCAUGAUGUUUACAAAGCAUUGUUGGUUAGACGUUACUAAUGGGACAAUCCGUUCCACGCGGCAUUUCCAGUGUUGAGAGAAACUGUGCAGCUUGGGUGAAUAAUACCACAAGGUACUUUUGUUUGACACACUGGUACAUGGGAAAUUUUCUUGCAGAUGAGUAUAUCUGUUGCUGAUGCUAACACACUCAAUACACCAUCAUCAUCAUCAUUAUCAUUUUGAAGUUAGGACUUCUUGUGCCAGCUUCUUCCUCUCCUUUGCAUUCUCCUUACCCAGCAACCUCUGAUUGUAACGUUUCCAAGUCUCUUUCUUCUCACAUUGUUAAUAUGGUUAAAUACACUUCUGUCAUUGUGUAUUUAUUUUUUUUCUCAGUGAAGUUUUAAUUUAUUGUGAAAUACUGUCGGCAAUCUGGAACACCUCACUAUCCUCUUGUUGCAAAAAUUGAUAAUUGAUUGUCUCUUUACAGAACAUUAGUUCUAGACAAGCCUCUCAUUUUCAGCUUCUCUUCAAGCUGCUUAUGCCUGACAUCUACCUUCUUUUAAACCUACAUCAUAUCAUUCCUUGCUUCUUGCUUUCUUCUAAUCAUUCCAAGCCUGUCUUUUUAGAUUUUAUUCCUCUAUGAGCUAUAUAAGUUUGGAUGAUUUGGUAUGUGGCUCACAGCAUGUUGUCUUGUAGAAACUUACCAUUUACCCUCUAUAUUAUACGUCUCUAUCCCCUCUUCCAGUUUGUCUUCUGCAUCAAAUACUAUUCCUUUGAACCUAUGUCUUGCAAAGGAAUCUUUCAGAUUCCAUUCCUUCUCACAUUGUCUUUUGUCUCUGAGUCCAUCUGGCUCUGGCCUUGGGGUGACUGGUCACUAGUCUCGGUUGAGUGGUUCACUCUUCACUGGGGAAUGAUUUAGUUUCACAAUUAAUGACCUAUCAUGUUUCCCUGGGAAAUCUGUCUAGCUUACUGCGUUCACCUGCUUGAUAGGUGAUCAAAUUGCUAACCAUUUUCCUGAAGUUAAAGUUACAAAUUGUCAGAUCAUUUGUGACACAAGAGCCUAACAGUGUUCAUUUUCCCCCAUUCCCCAUGCAAUAGCCUUAGUAUCCAUAUAUACUGCUGUAGCUAUCAUAUUGUUGCCUAAUAUGUCCAUAUAAGUAACCCACAAUGAUAAUAAUAUUGCUGUCAGCAUUGUUGUGGUAGUAUGCCUUUGAGAAACAUUCCUGCUGUUUUUCUGUCAGUCUCCAUUGUGGUGUAAAUGCAGUUGUCACUGUUAUCCAUGAUUAGUCUAAGCUGAUUUUACAGUCACAUACUUAGACUAACUCAGUUUCUUUGUCCAUUUUGCAUACCGACAACAUGGCUACUGCACUAACAUUAAUGCUGCUACUUUUAAGAAUUUGCACCUUUGUUUCUUGCCCAUAAGGAUUUGACUGAGAUUCUGCUGUCUUAACUCUUUUACCCUGUCUAUAUCUACUUAUCCCCACUUAAGUGUCUCACAAUUGCCCUACUGUCAAUGCUGAUGGAAGUAACCCUGAAAUUUUAUACCUGUUAAGGUGAGAGGAGUUUCCAAUGUUUGAAUUGUUUGAUGUUGGUUUUCUAAAUACACAUUGGACUUCUCUACAGUUUCUCUCUAUCCAAAUUUUAUUUGCAAUGCUUUGGUCAAUCCAAGACUUUGAUAGAAUUAUAGAAAACACAUAUCCAAGGUUCACUGAGAUCAAACUCAAAACCAUGUGUUGCAGAGCAAACUUCUAAACCACAUGAUUGUGCUUGUAUUUUUAUUUUCUGUUGGUUUGGUCUGGAAUAAAGAACUGUUUUCAUGUCCAUUACACAACCUCUAAACCUGGAUAUUAAACUCACUGAAAUAUGAAGACAUUGUCAAAUGGAUAACUGUUAUUUAUUUUCUGAUGAUGUAGGUUUGUAAAUAAAUACUUAAAAUACAUAGUAUAUCACAAAGCAGAAAAUUAUAGGAAGCAACCUGAUUAGGGAUCAUGUGACUUUGACUACUGUGAAGUUAGGUAGAUGUAACUUCACAAUCAUAGCACUUUCAUUCUUAGGCCCACUCAAAGCUUUCUUUCUAGACUUUUAAAAUCUAAAUCUAAUACACCAAUAUUAAAUAUGUGGUGUUAAUCUAUUCUUUUGCUUAUAUUAAUUGUUUUUCAAGAUGCAUUACAUAUUGUAAAAACCCAUGUAAUUUAUGCAUUUUUUUCACAAAAAUAAAAAUAAACUUUACGGGUCUGUAAAUUACAUGAGUAGAUCGUUUCCAGAAUUUUUUUAGAAAUUGUUUUGUUGUAAAAAGACGAACAAAAUGUAAACAUUUGUACUGGAAGUUGACUCAUUUAAAGUCAGAAUAGGUUUUUAUAGGAAAAAAAAUAAGGGCUUAAAUAUAAUGAAGUUGACUUUUAUUUAUGCUGGAUAGUAUAAUGCUUACUUUUUGUAUAAAUUUACUAAAACCAUUAAAUGGUUAACUACUUGUUGAAGUCUGAUGUUCAUGCUAGUAAUCACGGUCUGGGCCAUAUUUUAUAUAUUUUACUCAGCUGAGUAAAGUGUCAUUCAAGCUGAUGUUUAUUGGUAAUUAAACUCAAUUUGCAACACCUGUGCAUAUUUAUCUGCUUGGUUUUUGUUGAUAAGAAUUAUCAACAACUUUUCCUGUGAUCAUGAUUUGAGAAGACAUACAGAAGUGUGUGAAAGAUCAGACAUAAUCUCUUGUGGGCAAGAAAUAUAAAAUAAAGUUUAUUAUUGUAAUAAUAGCUUUCAAUGUGAUACUUGUUAAACAGAAAUUAUUUUUAUUUAAUGAAAAUUUAAUAAAAUUUAAUCAUAAGUGAAAUUAUGCUAAAUACAACUAAAUUGAAAACCUUUUCUCCCUGGCCAUAUCGGCAAUUCUGGAAACUUUUGGGUGCAAAUUUUACAUGAGUAGAAGCUUGUUUUAAAAAUUUUUAUCCUGAAAAUCACCUGUGUAAAUUACACAGGUGUGCUAAUUACAUGAGUUUUUACAGUAAUUAUAAAUUUUUUCCUGUCUUAACAUACA